AUUUCAGUCCGAUAUUAAAUCGAAACUACUUCGCAAAAUUGAUAGAUAUUUAUAGAACAGAAAGUAAUACUUCCAUGAAGAAAAUUUUCGACUCCUUACGUUACGGAUAUUUUUCUGCAUAUUGGAAAAAGAAAACAAUGGCUGAAGGCAGUCCAAAAUGUACAAAGCUUCUCGUGGCGGCCAUGGAUUUUGGAACUACUUACAGCGGGUAUGCAUUCUCGUUCCGCGACAGACCGAACGAUAUACAAACUAAUCCGAGCUGGGUAGCAGGUUCUGCACAACUUAUGUCAAUGAAAUGCCCAACAUCUGUACUGCUGAAACCUAACAAGGAGUUUCAUUCUUUCGGAUAUGAAGCUGAAAACAAGUAUGCUGAGUUGACUGAGGAUAAGGAACAUCACGGGUGGUACUUGUUUAGACAAUUCAAAAUGGCUCUUUAUGAAACAAAGAAAUUGCAAUUGGACACACCAGUCGAAGACAUAAUGGGCAAAAAGAUGCCGGCUUUGGACAUAAUCUCGCAUUCUAUUCGUUUUCUGAAGAAUCACCUCUGGAAAACUAUACAAACGAGAACAACAGGAAUUCUGGAGACCGACAUACUCUAUGUUUUAACUGUUCCAGCAAUCUGGGAUGAAAGGGCAAAACAGUUUAUGAGGAGAGCUGCAAAUAAGGCAGACAUAUCGAACAGACAACUUACAGUUGCACUUGAACCAGAGGCAGCAUCCAUAUGGUGUCAAGUAGUAACAGAUGAUACACUUACUGGUAUUUCAGAACCACUGGCUAAAUAUAUGGUGGUAGAUUUAGGAGGUGGCACAGCUGACAUCACCGUGCACGAGAAGUUGGAUGACGGAACUCUAAAGGAACUCCAAAAAGCGAGCGGAGGUGCCUGGGGUGGAAAUGAGGUUGAUAAAGCUUAUACGAAAAUGUUUGCAGACAUAGUUGGUCCAGAAGCUAUGGAAAAAUUCAGGAAUGAGAAUAUGACCGAUUAUUUUGAUCUUCUGAGGGAUUUUGAGACCAAGAAAAGAACGAUAACUACAGAUACGGAAGGAAAAAUGACAUUCAAAAUCCCGGCUGUUCUUCGUGAACUGGCUGAAUCCGGAGGAGUGAAAAUUCAAGAAAAAAUAGAAAUGUCACCUUAUAAGAAAACAAUGACCUGGGCUGGAGACAAACUGAGAAUCGACAAAGCAGCAGCAAAAACAUUGUUCGAUAUUCCUUUGAAGAUGUUGAUAAGACAUAUCAUUAAGUUGUUUGCAGAGCCAAAUAUCAAAGACGUUGAGGCAAUUCUUCUUGUCGGUGGGUUUGGAGAAUGUGCACUACUAAAAGCAGCUUUUGAAGAGAGCUUUAGUAACAAACGAUUGAUGAUCCCAUCAGAAGCGGGUUUAGCUGUUUUAAAGGGUGCAGUACGCUUUGGUCAUCUCCCAGACCUAGUAUCGACAAGAAUCGCACGAUUUACAAUCGGAAGGAGAGUAUUGAAAACAUUCAAAGAUCACCACGAUCCUAGCAAGAAAAUUGUCCGUGACGGCCAUGAAAGAUGUAAAGAUUUGUUCAGUAAACUUAUUGAAAUCGACGAAGAAGUCCCCAGGUAUAAAUUCAUACGAAAUUUUUCUAAACCAGCUUUUCCGAGUCAAGAAAAAUGUGUUCUCACACUUGUAAGUUCAACAAAACGUGAUGUCGUGUAUACCACAGAAGCAGAAUGUCAAACAUUAGGAUCGCUGGAAUUUACUUUGCCAAAAUCUUCAGAUAGAGCCGACAAAAAAUUCGCAAUUUCAUAUUUCUUUGGUGAAACGGAAAUACACAUACAUGUGCGAAUUUUGAAGACAAACGAGGAACAUGAAACAUGGAUAGACUGUUUCACCACUCAGCUAUUGGGAAAAGACGACUGAAUAUAAACUUUAAGGAUAUCUGUGUUCGAAACAUCGAGUGACAACCAUAUGCUUAGCCACGAACGAACAUGUAAACUUUGAUGUUCUUUUUUGAAAGAAAGUUUAGUAAUUCUUAAAGAUAACUAUUUUAACGCGUUACGUCAUUAAUAAGUUAUGACGUUACAAUAGUUAUGAUGAAAAAAAACAACAAAGUUACAUUAAAUUCAUAGACGUUUGAUGUAUGUUUUAAUAUGAUGGUACAUAUAUUUUAUGUUUUUGUCAGGUUAAGGCAUUUUAUACUUUUUUAUAUUGAUUGAAGAUUGUCAAAUAGACGUUCGUGUUAAAAGUAAACUCAUUGAAAAGUG